AUGACGACGAUAUUCAGUCUGGACCUCGAGAUUAAUGAGAAAAAGCAGAAUGUGAAACAGAGAAAGGCAGAAACAAUAAUAACACCAACACCAUUAACAACAACAACAACACUAUCAACAACAACAACAACAGCAGCAGCAGUCGUCCAGGAGUUUGUGGUGGAGAAGAUCAUCCACCGAAGGGUCUUCAAUGGAAGAGUAGAGUACUAUCUGAAGUGGAAAGGAUUCACUGAUGCUGACAACACCUGGGAACCAGAGGACAACUUGGUCUGUCCUGAACUGAUAGAAGAGUUCCUGAGAAACCUCUGUUUGUCUGGAGAGAAUCAGGUUGAGGAAGAGAACCUACGGCCGGUGGAACCAGAGCUAGUCCCCAAAGAGGAACUGGCAGAACAGGAGACUGAGAUUCAGGUGUACAGCGAGCAGAGACAUAAUGACCUCCAGGAACCUGCUGACCAGGAUUCUCCUACUGCCCUCACGUGUCCCCUGGAUCCUGAACGCAUCAUCGGCUCCACAGACAGACACGGAGAACUCAUGUUCCUCAUCAAAUGGAAGAACCGUGACGAGGUGGCCCUGCUGUCAGCCAGGGAGGCCAGCGCCAGGUAUCCUGAGGUGGUUGUAGCCUUCUACGAGGACAAACUCACCUGGCACUCUGGGGACGAGGACCAGUAAAGGAUGUGUGUGUGUCGUAGAGUGUGUGUGUGCAUGUGAGUACACAAGUAUGGAUGUGAACUGACAAGCAUCUGUAGGCAUCUCAUAGGUUAAUUUCUCCUCCAGCGAACCAAGGUCCUCCUUGAGCUGACAUUAAAAGCACAGUGUGUGAAACGAUGUCCUGCUGCAGGUAGAUUGAGUCAUGGUGGCAGGUGUAAAAGCCCUCUACGGGGUCUUCCUGCUUCCUGUGGUGCUGGGUGAGGUCACAAUGCCUUUGGGGUGUAGUGCAGCGUGUGGUGGAGUUCAGAACCGUUCAUAGAGACGUCUGUCUCUCUCUGUGGCCCUGAUUGAGUUGAAACUAAUGACAUGAAGGCAGACAGCCGGUUCACACUGAUAGAUUCUCCCCUCAGUCUAUUGUACAACCUAACAACCCGAAGCUCUUUGUCAAAGCCUGACGAAGGGUGCGAGUAUCUCUGGAUUACUCGUGACUGGAUGUGUGUACACUACGUUUGAAGAGUUGAAACUAACCCUCAGCAUUCCUUUCCCAGUGUCUUCAUGUACUGCAGCAGACUGAAUCACUGUGGACACUGUGUUCUGUUUGACUACUGAUACUGUGGUCGUAGAACCCAUGUGAUUGUAUUGGAGUUUAGUACUAGAUUUAGUUUCUUGUAUCUUCUGCCUCCGGGGCACCUUGGCCACAAGGCUCUCCCUCCGGCUCUUCCACUGUGAGAUGUCUGUGGUUUUAUUAGGUAUAGUAAUAUUGUAGAGUAAUGGGUUCACUGUGAGAUGUCUGUGGUUUUAUUAGGUAUAGUAAUAUUGUAGAGUAAUGGGUUCACUGUGAGAUGUUUGUGGUUUUAUUAGGUAUAGUAAUAUUGUAGAGUAAUGGGUUCACUGUGAGAUGUCUGUGGUUUUAUUAGGUAUAGUAAUAUUGUAGAGUAAUGGGUUCACUGUGAGAUGUCUGUGGUUUUAUUAGGUAUAGUAAUAUUGUAGAGUAAUGGGUUCACUGUGAGAUGACUGUGGUUUUAUUAGGUAUAGUAAUAUUGUAGAGUAAUGGGUUCACUGUGAGAUGUCUGUGGUUUUAUUAGGUAUAGUAAUAUUGUCUCGUAUUGGGUUCACUGUGCAUUACACUCAAUAGAUAACUGGCCACCUAAUAUGAUAUCUGCACUUUUUACUUUUUGCCACAAUCCUUGAUAUUGUGCUUUGUGUGUGUGUGUGUGUGUGUGUGUGUGUGUGUGUGUGUGUGUGUGUGUGUGUGUGUGUGUGUGUGUGUGUGUGUGUGUGUGUGUGUGUGUGUGUGUGUGUGUGUGUGUGUGUGUGUGUGUGUGUGUGUGAUUCAAAGUUGAUAAAUGUGUUACAUUUAGUUU